AUGAAAGCGUGGACAAAACCGCAGGCACAAGCCUUGCUGAAGCCAGAACAACGGAAACCUUUCGUGAAGAAAUUCUCCACUGCAAAGACUUUUCCGGACUGGAAGCACAACAAGAAGGUAUUUUUAGGCAGGCCUCCUCAUGGUCUUGUACCUCCACCUGAUAAGUCACAGCUUACCAAUGAUUUUCAGGGCCAUAACAACCGCUUAAGCGCAACCUACAAGAAAAUGUAUUUUCUUCAGCCAUACGACCAUUUUGAUAACCAGAAUCCAAACUACUUUGAACAGGUUCGAGCUAAUCGACUGAUAAAGCAACCCGGUUAUAAUUAUAGCGUAUCCAACAAGAGAAUCUCGAAACCAGCUGGUAAAUUUUGA